AUGCCGUCCAAGAGCGCCAUGUUCUUUUGGGUUUCACUGUUUUUCAUCGUACAGUUUGCUCCCAUCCCGGUCGCUGCUGUCGACGCCGCUUCUUCCUUCCAAACGCAAACUCUGCCAGCAAACUCCCCGCCGACUUCGAGUUUGGGCCCCAUUGUCAAGAGAGAUGACAACAAGGACAUCAAAGAUCAACAUGGGUGGAUGUUCAAUAAUUGCGACCCAACCGAUCAGGACGUAGGCAUCGUAAGCAAGGGGCGGCGAAUUGUCCCGGCAGUAAUAGGGAAUGUCCAAGCGGGACAGGAACAUUUAAAGAAGUUGCUGCAAAAGAACCCGAAAAAUACACCAGACAACCAGAAAUGGGUGGUAGGCGCCAAGGACAAUAACUGCGGCCUGGUUACCUGUGUGAAGGACACCGUGAUCCACUUUUGCAACUACAAUUCUGAGGUCAACAAGUAUAGGAUUUAA